CAUUAAACAAAGAACCUAACUUUGUUUUCAUCCGUUUUCAUCAAACUGCUGCGGAGCACCGGUGUUUGAUAAAAUUCUUCUAAUUAUUUUAGUAGUCAAUUAUAUUUCAAUCAAGAGACUGGUCGAGGUUUAGCUUACCGAUCAGCUGAAACCGGUUCAGAAUAAUGUCAUCGGAUGAUCAGCCUUUGUAUAGCUUCGUCAAAAUUGAACCGAGUACGGUUGAAGACAACGAGCAGGUGGUAUUGAAUAAUCCGGUGCAAGUCCUAGAGAAAGUCGACUGGAUGACCAAUGUACAUGAUACAAGAACAUUUGUAGAAAAAAACCCCAUCGAAGAUGAAUUGUCUAUACAAGGUUUCAUUAAAACUGAAAAGCAAUCUGCACAAGACGUUGAAUUGCAAGAAUUUGACAAAUUGACAGCAGUCAAUAAUUGCCCUCAACCCGAAAACGACAAAAAUAAAUGUGCUACAAAGGAAAUAUUAAAAUUAUCUUGUGAUCAAUGCAGUAAAAAGUUUAAAGGACAGAGGGCGUUGAAACGCCAUACUACUUUGGCACAUUCGCUGAAACCUCGCUACCAGUGUGAGGUAUGUAAGAGUCAAUUUACCUACCCAUCGAAGCUUAGCGCGCAUGUAGAUCAAUGCAAAGCCAAGUUUGGGAUGGAUGUUAACACUUCUUUAACAAGUGUGAACAGAACUAGCACGGAAUCACCAAUCGAAUUAUCGUCUAAUUUCAACACAAACUAUGGUAUUGUGGAAGUUCAGAAUAACGAAAUGCAGCACGACUCGAUUGAAAUCAAGGAAGAAGAUUGUUGGCAAAUGAACUUGGAACAUGACGAUUCAUUGUCUUCCAAUGACAAGAUUCCUACAACAACAACUUGUCAGAAUUGCGGAUCAACGGUCGCUUCAAUGAACACUAACCACCAAAAUCAGGAGGUUUAUUCCGAGCCACAUUUGGCCGUAGUUAGUUCAACUUUGGGCGUUGGCGACUUUCUGAAGCGGAACAACUUGGCCCAGUACGUGGAAACAUUUGAAAAUGCCAAAAUUAUGCUAAAUGAUUUCCCCUAUCUGAAGGCCAAUAUUUCUGAACUGGCUCUACUGAUACCCGUUAUGAGAGACCGAAUGAAGUUUGUCGCGGCAUUAGAAAUGUCGCGGGUAGACAAGGCUGUACAGGUUUCAUUGGAAUUCGAAUUAACACAAGAAUUGGAUCUUAUGGAGAUCUGCUCGCAGUCCGAGCAGGGAAUUAAGUUUCUGGAACUGAUGAAAAACAUGAACACUAUGACACACCAAAGUCGGAAUAUUUUGAAAUAUGUUCUGGUGAGCCACUUCUUCCAACGGGGCAAAGGGCGUAUAAACAAGGGGGGCUUUGAAGAGAUGGUCAAAAUAAUAAAAAAAAAUUAUCCGGACGAGAUCGGAUGCAUAUGGUACCAGGGGAUCAAAGGGAAUCAGUGCGCGGGUUUACUAUACACAUGUUAUCGAUAUAUGCUGAAACAGUUCCGCAGUAAAGACAAACCGGAUCCGGAACCUGAACCUCAAGUUGCUGCUGAAGGUAAAGGAGAGGAAGAAAUAUUAGAAGGACAAGAAAGUACUGAACCAGUGUCAAACCUUGACUUCGCACCACGCAUGGACCUUAAGGAACUUUGCAAGGAAUCCGAUGAAGGAAAACAGUUUCUCGAGUUGAUGGAAAAUAAAACCCAUUUGACCGGGAAAAGUCGUGAUCUGUUGAAAAUAGUUCUGGUGAAAUACUUUUUUCAAAUCGGACUAGGCACGAUUCCGUGUUUGAGUUUUGAGGAAAUGUUCCAGAUGAUCAUCAAAUACUACCCGGACGAGAUUCUAAGUACCUGGUACAUUCCGAGUACCCAAGGUUACCACGCCAAGGGUUUGCUGUAUGUGCGCUACAGGUAUCUGCUUCACCUGAGCGCGAAGGCCCGUGCUAAAGCUGACGCCGCCGCACUGGAGAAAGAUCCUAAUAUACCAGCGGCGCCCAAAUUCACGAUGCCAUCAGUUGUCCCACGGAUGGACCUAAAAGAACUUUGCAGUCAGUGCGAGCAAGGAAGAGCAUUCCUGGAGCUGAUGAAAGACCGAAGUACGUUAACAUCGGAGAGCCGGCGAAUUUUAAAAAUGGUUCUGGUGGACUACUUUUACAAACUGGGACGAGGGCACAUCCCUACCUUAACUUUCCUAGAAAUGGUUCAGAUGAUUAAAGAACACUACCGAGAUGAAAUCGACAAAGAAUGGUUCGUCCAUAAACGCGUUGGACAAGGAGGUAGCAAAGGAGCGCUCUACUUACGGUACAGGUUUCUGCGCUCAGCUGCGAUCAAAAACCGAAAAGUUCAAAUGACAUGGUAACAAGGAAAAAGUGCCCCUUUGCAUAUACUCCAAUAGAUUCAAUAAAUUGAACAUUUGUCCGAAAAUGCAUUUGGUAGCAGAAACAUGUUUGAUUAGUAAAAUGUACUGUAUUCAUGACUCUAUACAGCUUGCAUUAUUCUGAGCAAUCCUGCUGUAUAAAUGAUACUGUUAUAAUAGCAAAGAACAUAUUCAACUCCAAGGAUGUAGAUUUUUUCAAACAAAUCUGCCAAUUCGAAAAAAAAGGAAACAUGAUCAUUGUGUGCGGAAAAUUUGCGUCCUACAAUCUUAGGGCAUAUAGUCUAGUCACCGGUCCUAGUUUGCUCAGUCCGACGCAGAGUCACAAAGAAGAAGAAGAAAAGUUUUGUUGUGGUCAGGAGCAGCGUUGCCAGGUGGUUUCGUCAAAAAUCAGGACAACGCAAAGCCAAAAAUCAGGAUUUUUAGGACACCUCUUGAUUCACGGAAAUAAUUGGGCUGCUCCGCUUAGAUUGCAUAAAUGAUGGCGAAUUACAAGUGCUGCAAAUACCUUGAUUUAUGAUUAUUAUUUGAACCGAACAUUACCAUCUUAUUAAAAAUCAUCUAUUUUAUCACAGAUUUAUACGAUUUUCUCAUAGUUUAACUACAAGUUCGAUUAUAUUUGAGAUGUUUUUAUGAAAAUCAGGACAUUUUAGAGACCAAUUUUAAAAAAUCAGGACAACUCGAGGGUUUCAAAAAUCAGGACGGUCUCUCAAAAAUCAGGACAAAUCGUGAUAAAUCAGGACACCUGGCACCUCUGGUUGUGGUUAAAACGCAAACAACAAACCACUGUAGGUCCGUUUUAAGUUAUUAAAAAAUCUUUUUUCUUAUUUUCCGGUUACGAAAUCUUACCGCAACACAAUGUUGUCUAGUGAUGUUCCGCUCUCGGGAGAUAAAACUUGGCCUUCGGAGUUUGUUGCUAUAAAAUCGGAACCCCCACUGGAUAUCGUGGACGACUUUCACCAGCAUAAACAACCGGGAAUCUCGGGAACUGUAAUCGAAUCAGCCACAGUCACCGUGAAAGACGAAGGUCCUGAACGUGAUGUUGCAACAGGACUUCAAGAAUAUCGCUGCGAUCAUUGUCCUAAAACGUACACCAUAAAAUCUUCGCUGUAUUAUCAUCAGCGCAAAUCGCAUGGAACUACGCCCGGUCAUAAAAACACCGCUUUUUGCAAUGUUUGCAACAAACAUCUCGAAUGGAAGAAAAUUACUAGUCACAAGCGUAUCUGUCAUGCUAAUGUAAAACCGCACGUUUGUGAUCAAUGUGGUCAAUCAUACCGCGAAAGAGAAUUGCUGGAUGAUCAUAUAGCUCUGAAACAUGGAGGAAGACCUCGUUACGAAUGCGAAUUCUGUUUGAAACAAUUUUUCUCGAGGGAUAAAUACAGCAAACAUCGUCCUAGAAAACACCCAACAGAGUACCGAGCAAUAAGGAAAAAAAUGGUUCCAGCCAAUCGUAUUUACUAUGAAGCAGACCGAACCAGCUCUGUGUCAUUCAAAUGUGCCUCUUGUGGUACUAACUUCCCGAUUCAUCAAGAACUCGAGAAACAUAUCGUGACAGAACACCCGGGAACAAUUGUCUAUAGUUGCGAACUAUGUGGCGGUGUAUGUUCAACCAAAGCGUCCUUCGUAGAUCAUUGUGCUGUGAAACAUUCCAUUGACAUUCGGUACGAUUGCGAUCUAUGCGGAGAAGAGACUAAUAACGAAAAAGCAUUCAAUGAACACUGUCUGGAGCUUCACCCAGAUGAAUACGCUCAACUUGUACAGAAUAUAAAGCUUCAAUCCACCGCCAAAAAGCCGACCAAGAAAAAGAAUAUGUGUGUGGAAUGCGACAGAACGUUUUACUCUAGAAAGAAUCUUUUGGACCAUGAAGCGUCAAUACAUUCCGGGAAACCCAGAUACGAGUGUUCGAUUUGCCAGACGCAAUAUUUCCACGAUACGGAGUUGAGUCGGCACCGAAAAUCUGAGGCUCAUCUGGCGAAGGUAGCCAGCAGCAUGAAUGGGGGGGACUGUGCCCAAUCCAGUCCGAAGAAAACACACCCUUGUAAACAGUGUGAUGUAAGGUGCCACACUAAAAGGGCACUCGUCAAACAUAUUGCUUUGAAUCACGGCGGUCAUUACAAGUGUAAAUAUUGUGAAAAAACUUUCUUCCAGGAAAAGACCUGCUACCUUCACACCAAGACACACCACAGUGAACAAAUGCAUAAUCUUUACGAUUGCAUCAAAUGUGACAAAAAGUAUUCAAGCAAAGCUUUGCUAGAGGACCAUUUUUCGAAGGACCACUUGGGAAAGCCCCGUUACGAGUGUGAGUUUUGCGGACAACAGUUCUUCAUGAGAGCGUUGUACUACAAACAUCGGAAAACUGCUCAUAAGGAGCAGUAUGCCGAUUUGGUUGGCGCAGCCAAGUGUACCUUGAACCAACUCUACUCUAUAAAUGGCUGCGUGGUUAUAAAAAAUGAAGUUGUUACAGAUGAAUGAUUGCAUUCUCCAAUGCAAAAUGAAAAAGCAUUUUUGUGGACGACCAUAAAAUAUGAAGCUGAAGAAACGGUUACUAAAAAACCGUUAUGCCCAAGUUAAGCCCAACAGCGCCUCCUCACGCCAAAUUCUCCCCCGUAUACAUUGAGAAAUUGCUACACCAUUGUCCGUCACAUGGUUUAAGACAACGACUAAAUAUUUAAACAUUUGCUGCAAAAUAUUGAAAGUGUGUGUAAAAGAUCCUUUUCAAAUAGAAAUGUCAUUUUUAAAAUAAGCAUAAAUAACAGUACAGCGACUUUCUAGUGAUCCGAUCUUGCCCCUGUGAAUAAACUUAAAUUUCCAACCAAGGUUCUUAGAUACACUAGGUUCUCCGACUUUUACAGUAAGUAGGCGAGGAGUGAGCGGGGCUCUCAAUGAGUUUGUUUAUUUUUUGCUCAGCUUUUCUGUGGUUUGUUGGUAAACGAACUUCAUGAGUUCCGUAUAGUUGCAUAGCCUACAUAGCAAAAAUGGCUGAAUCGGGAAUUCGUUAUUCGGGAACACCUCCUGAAUAUAUACCCACCUUGUUUCCAACCAAGUGUUUGGGGACCAAAUUAGGGAAACAGGAGAAACUCAAAUAGGCGCCCCACUUAUGGUUCGUUGAGUUUGAGUUUUGUGUUUAUACUAUUACUUUAUAGCUCUGUAUAUGCGAGCAACUUUUGCCUGCGUGCAGAGGUAGGCAUGAUUUGUUUUUUUUUCAUACGCGCUACCCGUUGUUUGUCUUCGAUACGAGCUGGUCUUGCCAAAGUGCUGCAUUAUAGACUGGUUUUCGGUACAUUAGCGUAAUUUUCUUGUUGGGUUUUUAUUUUAAAAAAAAUAACAUAUCUUGUUCAUUAAAAAAAAACAUGGAUAAAUAAUCCCAGAGGAUGGCAAUCCCGUAUAAAAAAAAUUAAAAGAUUCCUGAACCGGUCUAAUGAAAAAAUUGUUUUUUUUUUCUGGGAGAAUCUUUGCCGAGCUGCAGAAAAUUAACUGACGGUGUACGACGAAACAAAAAAAAGUAAAUAAAAAUAAAGUUGCAUUCCGCAGCAGCAUUCUUCUAAAAAUUGAGUAUAAGCGAGAUAACGAUGAAAGAAGACGAGUUGGAAUUAAUCCCUAAUGAAAUCCCAAUUAGUGUGAAAGAAGAACCACAGGAAGAAGGGUGCAGUUUCAACUUGAAUCAAAUUUAUGUAUGUAUGAAAAAGGAACCUCCGACGAAUUUCCAAACUGGGGAACAUCUACAGCUUUACGGUUCGAAUUUUAUCAAAGAGGAAGAUGCUUGGAAACAGAACUUGUUCAAGUCGGACUCCGAUUCAGAUGAAGAGGUUUUGGUUCGAUUGGAGCAGCGGUCAUCGCCCACAAAUCAGGUCGAAGAAAUAGCAAUAAAAAAUGAACCAAUAGAGGAACACGAAGGAUUUGAAUCGGAAUCACCAGACCUCAAUGAUUCAAUCACCAUAAAAGAGGAAGACACUUGGAAAGAGAAACUCAACGCUUCGGGAGGAAGUGACAUUGAAAGCAGUUCCAGUGGAACAAGGAUACGUUACAGGCCCAAGUGUACUGAAUGCAGUAAAACAUUCUCAUGUAACUUACGCUUGAAUUAUCACUACGCUCUUAAACAUACGGUAAAUAGCGAAGAAGUCGACCAAGAAGCAGAGUGCGUAAUUUGCAAUCAAAAGCUACAGAGCAAGGCAAAGCUAAUAUGGCACAUGACAUAUUAUCACGGCAAAAAGGAAACAUUUUCCUGUGACCAAUGUAAAGCAAUUUUCAGAGAACCGUUCAAACUGGAAGAUCAUUACGCAGCUGCGCAUCUAGGAAAACCUCGUUAUGAGUGCGAAUUUUGUAAAAAACAAUUCUUUCACAGAUCAGCCUACCAGGUGCAUCGUAAGCACAAACACCCCAAAGAGCACAGCGAACUGGUAAAGAAUGGUCGAAAGGCUCCCCUCAACAUCAUAAAUGUGUUAGAUGAUGCCGCAUCUAAGCCAAGCAAAUUUCAAUGCAAAAUUUGUAACGAAAAGUUUGACAAUCGCUUUGUCUUCGAAGACCAUAAGUCUAGCCAUCCAAAAAAGCUUAAACAUGCGUGUAACAAAUGUGAUAAAACAUUUGGACACAAAGACUCCCUUGAAUAUCAUUUUGCUAAAGAACACAUUGGUAAACCCCGUUACGGGUGCGACUUUUGUGAUAAGCAAUUUUACCACAGCUCGGACUAUUACAAACACAGAAAAAGUCGUCACUCCGAAGAAUAUGCCGCUCUACGGAAGAAACAUAACACCACGCGGAACCUUCCCAUCAAGGAACUUUACUCGCUGUCGGAGCUCAUGGGACUAGAAUCAGCUGUUAAACGUAAACCCAACGAAGAGAGUACCAGGAAGUCACAGUAUCAGUGUGAAUUUUGUGGAGCGCAAUUUUUCUGCCUUUCUGUAUACUACAAACAUCGGAAGCUGAAUCACUCGGAUCGGGUGCCCGUUGUUCACAAGCCGUACAAAUGUGAGACUUGUGAAAAAGCUUAUUCUUCUCAGAGUACGUUGGACAAUCACGUUGCAUUGGCACACGAACGCAAGACAACCGAUGUGUGCGAAUAUUGUGGACAGCGCUUUUUCUUGCGAGCUAGGUAUGUGAACCACGUGCGUACGAAACAUCCGGAAGAGAAGUUGCAACUACAUAGGCGCUAUCCGCCAAAGAAACAGUGACUGUUUCUUACUUUGCCGUCAAAGCCUUUAUAUUCAAUUAUUCUAGGUAUAAGAAUAAAAUGAUAGCAAAUGA